AUGGAACGAACCAACUUCACCCCAGACGAGAAAGACGCCGGAUACUGUCAGCUCUUCGUAGAAAAUCUCAGCGGACAGGCCCUCAGCUGGUUCUCAAGGCUCGAAUCCGGUUCGAUCGACAGCUACCAACAACUGUCCACGGCUUUCCUUAAACACUACUCGAUAUAUAUCGAGGACGGAGCAACAGAAGCAUAUCUUUACACUCUGUCCCAGGAACGAACCGAAUCCCUCAGAAGCUUCAUCGGAAGAUUCAAAAAGAUCGUGUCUUGUGUCAAAGUACCGGACAAGAUAGCCACAACGGCCUUGAUCAACGCCCUGUGGUACGAAUCGAAGCUGCGCAAAGACCUCAAGAUAAACAAAACACAAACACUCCAAGAUGCGCUUCACAGGUCAAACUUGUUUAUUGAACUAGACGAAGACAAGCAGGCAAUGGCUAAGAAAUACGCAGCAACAAGGACGGUCGUAACCAAAGAUGAACCGAAAGAAGAAUGCCGCGAGUCACGAAGUCGAUCGGAGACAGAACGAAAGAAAGAAGAAGGUGAUCGAAAGGCCCUGAGCUUCCACGUCAGUGACGUGCAGAGACCACCAAAACAAGCCUGGAACAAAUGGUCCCGAGAGAACGAUUUAACAAGGUACUGCGAAUUUCACAAGAGGAACGGGCAUUCAAUGAUGGAAUGCAGGCACUUGCAAGAAUACGUACUUGGGAAGUAUCAAAGAGGCGAAAUCAAACCCCCAGACGGUGAAAGAACCAGGACCGACGAUAACCGAAGGGAUGACCGCCGUAGAAUGCCGCCAAGAAGAGAGCCGAUCCGCAUGGAGCGUGAGGUCAAAAACGAAAACUGCAUAGAGAUGAAAUCUCCAAAAAGAGAGCGCCCAGAAGAACGGCCAGAAGACAACCUCCCACCUCCACCGCGAAGACGAAUCAACAUCAUCAUGAGAGGAACCCCUCAAGCAGCGAGAAUAGCCGUAACCACCGAAGGAUCAGGCGCGCCCAAGGACGACACCACCUACAACCAAAUCAAACAUCCCCCGGUGAAGUUCAGCAACAGAGAUAGCAUAGGACUAGACUCCCCACACAACGACCCCCUGGUCAUCGCGUUAACCAUUACCGAUUUCGAAGUACCUCGAAUCCUGAUAGACACCGGGAGCUCCGUCGACGUAAUUUUCAAAGAUGCCCUAAGGAAGAUGGGCAUAGACGAAAGCCGCAUAAAACCCGAAAGGAGUCCCUUAGUCAGCUUUGCAGGAGACACCACCAUAUCAGAAGGAACAGUCAAAGUCCCAGUGUACGUGAUGUUAAGAUUUUUCAAGGCUCCUAAGGGGAUAAGCCGGGCCGAGUCCCGACCUCCGCCUAAAGAAGAAACGCUCUCGGCAAAGGGCCUAAAAACCCCAACCCGACAGCAAAGCCAAGGCCAGACUCGCACGGGUCGGUGA